AUGCCCNCAGUUCUUUUUGCUUUUUGGGUCUGUUGUUCAUUGGAAUGGUAUCACUAUAAUGUGGCAGAUGCAAGGCUUGCGCAGCACAUUGAGAAAGGGAAUGAGGAUGGAUUGUUUAUUAGCAGUGUAGCUUCAUGUCAAAAUCUGUGGGCCCUUAUUAUGGAUGCUGGCACUGGUUUCAGUGCACAAGUCUAUGAACUCUCGCCCUUUUUUCUUCAUAAGGAAUGGAUAAUGGAGCAGUGGGAAAAGAACUAUUACAUCAGUGCAAUAGCUGGAGCUACAAAUGGAAGUUCCUUAGUAGUCAUGUCAAAGGGGACACAGUAUUUGCAGCAAUCUUACAAAGUCAGCGAUUCAUUUCCUUUUAAGUGGAUCAAUAAAAAAUGGAGAGAGGGUUUCUAUGUCACUGCUAUGGCCACCUCUGGCAGUAGAUGGGGAGUGGUUAUGUCUCGCGGUGCAGGAUUUUCUGACCAGGUUGUUGAACUUGAUUUUCUUUACCCAAGCGAAGGUAUUCAUCGGCGGUGGGAUUCCGGAUACCGUAUCACAGCUACUGCAGCAACUUGGGACCAGGCUGCUUUUGUUCUUAGCGUGCCAAGGAGAAAACCUGCAGAUGAAACCCAAGAAACUCUUCGAACGUCAGCUUUUCCUAGUGCACAUGUCAAGGAAAAAUGGGCUAAGAAUCUUUAUAUUGCAUCCGUCUGCUACGGACGAACAGUUUCAUGAGGUGUACAUUAUUAUUUGGUGCCACUCCUGACAGCAUUGUAACUAGUGAGAAUCCUUGUUCUCAACACCACCUUAGGUAGCCACUGGAAAGCAAGAAAUUUCUUAAGUUUCAUGCUCAAGGCUUAGAGAGG